AGUUCCUUUUUGUGUUCUCAGUUAAAAAUCACAGUCAUGGCAAGGUCGGGUAAACAGCGUGGCAACCAACAUGCAGACGUUACAAGCCCGAAACGUUUUAACAGCUAGGUAGCUAACUAGCUAGUUCUUAUUGGGGUUCUGUUUUAAAAGGGUAUCGCGCAGAAAUGGACACAGGAGGAUUCCAGGCACAAAAGACGCGACGGAGGGACCUCCCGCCUCUUCCACAGCGUGGACAGCGUGCCCUGCCCCCCAUGUCAAGUCAAGAUACAGGUGAUGAGAUGCCGGUCCCUAAAAGCAAGAGGAAAAAGUCAAAGAGUCAGGUGGAUGGUGUUGAAAGCCCAGAGGCAGACCCAGGGGUGGAGAUGGCCCAGAUGGGGGGCCUGAGCAGUCGUAGGUCAUCUGAGGUCAUCCAGGCCUUGACCCCCGAGUCGCAGGAAGCUGCACCACAGAGAAGGAAGAAGAAGAAAAAGGCAGCGACCGUAGACCUGGAGGAUGACCAGGCUGACCUGGUGAACGGGGAUGGACUGGUCCAGAACACAGCCGAGGCAGGGGAAGAAGUGACCAAAAAACCCAAGAGGAAGAAGAAGUCGAAAGUGUCCGAGACACAGUACGUCAACGAGCUUGAUGUCGAGGACGAUGACAUCAUCACAGACGCUCAGCCACCCAUCCCGCAGCAUUCCCUGUUCUCUGCUCCCCUGGGACAGAGCCAGCCUGUGGGGAAGGUGUUUGUCGAGAGGAGCAAGAGGUUUCAAGCGGCCGAUCGGUCAGACAGACCGAAGUCCAGCGAUCAGGUGGACAACUUUGUGGACAUCCAGCAGAUGUGGACCACCAAGGAUGUGUCUGUUAGGGUACAUGGUGGCUUCAGAGGGAUUGGGCUGUUCUGCCACGGCUUCCUAGCAGGCUAUGCAGUGUGGAACAUCAUAGUGAUCUAUGCCCUGGCAGGAAACCAUCUCACUACUCUGCCUAACCUACUGCAGCAGUACCACAGCCUGGCCUACCCUGCACAGUCUCUCUUCUACCUGCUACUGGCUAUAAGCACUGUGUCAGCCUUUGACAGGGUGAAUCUGGCCAAAGGCACCAUGGCUAUGAGAGAGUUUGUCACCCUGGACCCAGUUGCUCUAGCCUCUUUCUUGUACUUCUCAGCUCUGGUCCUCUCUCUCAGCCAGCAGAUGACCAGUGACCGCAUCAACCUGUACCCCAGUGCUAAUGAGACCUUAUGGCCUCCUGGGUCAGAGCAACAGAUCCUGAACCCGUGGAUCAUAGUGAACCUGGUGGUGGCUGUGCUGGUUGGAUUGGCCUGGAUCUUCAUCUCCGCCAGGCCUGAGAUGGAUUACACCGAAGGGUUCCUAAUGGCUAUGGAGAUCGAGUCCUUGAGACCAGAGGAGAAAUCAGAAAUGUCUACUUGAGGAAUAUUUGUUUAAAUUUUUGCUCGCACAUCUUUUUUUGUACCGUAUUUUAUCAGCCAACACAAAAUGUACAUGUUGUUUGUGGCAAUAAUCAGUUUAUUUUUGUAUGACCCGAAUGUGUGCAUGUUUUGUCAAAUGUAUUGGUUACCAUUGGAAAUAAUAAAAAAUGUUAUCCCACUGA